CGAAAUCUUGGAAUUCUAGUCACGUCUGGAAAAGAAACAAGUAUCAAUAAUGUGAAGGGUUACCUACUUGAUAGCAUAAGCCAUUUGUUCCGACCAGUCGAAGCACUUAAGGACAUGCUCGAUGAUUACUCUCUUUCACCCCUAGUGGAGACAAUCCAUUCCCGAACGCCGCUAAGCGGUUGUGACAUCAAUUGCACGGUAUCCCUACAUCUCGGCAUUCCAUGUCAGCAUACAACACAUCGUGAACUUGCAGACGGCAUGAAGUUGACAACAUGGGAUGUGCACUCUAGAUUGCAUCUAUACGAGUGGAGUUCAAACCCAUAUAGGCGGAUUCACGGUCUAAGAAUUGCAACUGAGCUUCGUGAACGGCCGAAAAAGUAAUGGGCAGCCAAUCCCGAUUGCUUUCAAGAUACAGGCGCGCAGCCACAAUCGGAAUGAUGUAGUGCAGGAUUAGCUGUUUCGCGCUAUCCAACCAGAACAGCCUACGAGCAGCGGAUCAGGUCAAUCAAACGUGGAAAAUCAUGUAUCGCAAGAUCAACAAGGUCGCAGGAGGUUGAAGGAAUUGCUCUGGGUAAUCGGACGGGAGUACGUUUGAAUGGGCGAUGGUUAUAGCCAAUUAUUCGUAGGCGGAGAUCGCGGUGGGAGAUCGCGACUGGAGAGAGCAGGAGGAGGUGCGUGAUAGCAUCAACGUCAGGACCAGUGAGCGUGUGACUAGAUCUAUGACAUCUUCCGUAAAUUUUUAGCAAUGUUGAUUCACACCACACACU